AUGGCGCCCAAUUCACGGAAAAGAAAGAUUGCGACGCGUGAGUUGCCGGUGGAAAGUGCGUCUGAGGAGGAGCUAGCGGAGGGGCUUCUCGAGGGAAUUCUAUCGCACAGUGAAGACGAUUCUGAAGACAGCCAGGAUGAGGAUGUGCGUAGUGUAGUCAGUAGCGACAUCGAAGGAGGGUCUGACGUGGAUGAAGAUGAGGAAGACGAAGAUGGCGACCUGGAGAGCACCGAAGUUCCGUCCGACGGCGAGGAUGAGAUCCGAGAGCAGAUCCGCGGCCUGAAGACCACUGAUGGCUCCCUUAGCAAAAAAUUCUCGCAACUGACACACGAACUCGACGCCGAGCUGCGUGUUGGCCUGGAAGAUGAGCCAGUAGGCGAAGAGCUCGAACCCAACUACACUGUCACCACAGAUGCCAACGGCAACCCACGAUACCUCUACAAAGAAAUCGAGCCGGUUUACGACUCAGACGAAUCAGAUGCGCCAGAAACCACGAACACAAUUGGCAAUAUCCCCCUCUCCUUCUACGAUGCGUAUCCUCACAUUGGUUAUGAUAUCAAUGGCAAGAAGAUUAUGCGGCCGGCAAAAGGCGAGGCGUUGGAUGCCUUGCUCGAUAGCAUUGACAUUCCAAAAGGAUGGACAGGUCUGACGGAUCCAGCAACAGGCAAGCCGUUGGAGCUCACUGAAGAAGAGCUCGAUGUCCUGCGAAAGAUCACCAGGAACGAGUUACCAGAAGAGGGGUACGACCCAUAUCCUGAGAUGGUGCAUUACUUCACAGGCAAGGAAGAGAUUAUGCCACUGAGCGCCGCUCCCGAGCCAAAACGGCGAUUCGUGCCUUCCAAGCAUGAGGCGAAACGGGUGAUGAAGAUAGUUAAAGCGAUUAGGGAAGGUCGCAUCCAGCCGUACAAGCCUCCGGCCGAGGAGGAGGAAGAGGAACAGGACUUUAAAACAUAUGACAUUUGGGCUGACGAGGUCCCGCGGCCAGAACACUCUAUGCAUAUCCCCGCUCCCAAACUGCCUCCUCCAGGUUACGAUGAGAGUUACCACCCUCCCCCAGAGUACCUUCCAGAUAAGGAAGAGAAAGCCGCGUGGCAAGAGGCAGACGAAGAAGACCGAGAAAAGGACUACCUCCCGACAGACCACGAAGCCUUACGCAAAGUCCCGGGAUAUGAGCGAUUUGUCAAGGAGAAAUUCGAGCGAUGCUUGGACCUGUAUCUCGCACCUCGCGUGCGGAGGAAUAAACUAAACAUCGACCCAGAGUUGCUUCUACCAAAACUACCAAGCCCCGAUGAAUUAAAACCCUUUCCAACCACGUGUGCGGUUGUCUUCCGGGGUCAUGAAGGCCGGGUCCGCAGCGUCUCUGUUGAUCCCCAAGGCACAUUUCUUGCCAGUGGAGGCGACGAUGGCCAUGUCCGGAUUUGGGAGCUUUUGACAGGGCGCCAGGUGUGGAAUGUCAGGCUCUCGGACGAGGAUGCUGUUGACACGGUGAGGUGGAGGCCAGGAAAGGACGCAUCAGUUCUCGCUGCUGCUGCUGGAGAACACAUAUAUUUGAUCGUGCCAUUCUCGAUAUUAUCUCCUGACAUCGAGCAGAGUAGCCGCGAUAUUCUGGAUGCGGGCUGGGGUUACGCAGCAUCAAAGCCAUCGGCUACAACGAACGGAGCUCCUGCAAAGGAACCACCGGCCCGGUGGAGUCGACCUAGCACCCGGCUUGAAUCUAAGGGGGUUCUGGUUCAGACAACAGUUCGAUCGACUGUUAAAGUUGUUCACUGGCAUAGGCGAGGUGAAUACUUUGCAACAGUAUCGCCGCGUGGUCAAAGUAGUGCAGUUGCCAUCCACACCUUGUCGAAACAUCUCACCCAGCUACCAUUCCGCCGACUCAAAGGUCUAGCCCAGUCGGCCCAGUUCCAUCCGUCGAAGCCAGUCUUUUUCGUAGCUACGAAGAACUCUAUUCGCAGCUAUGACCUGUCAAGGCAAGAGCUCGUCAAGAUACUACAGCCAGGUGCCAAGUGGAUUUCAUCUUUCGAUGUCCAUCCCGGCGGCGACAAUCUCAUAGUCGGUACUUACGACAAACGGCUGCUUUGGCACGACCUGGACUUAUCCACCAAGCCUUACAAGACGUUACGCUAUCAUAAAGAAGCUAUUCGCGCCGUUCGUUUCCACCAGGGCGGUCUACCACUGUUCGCAGACGCCAGCGAUGACGGCAGUUUGCAGAUCUUCCACGGCAAAGUUGUGGGAGAUUUGAUGGAGAACGCCACGAUUGUGCCACUGAAGGUGCUACGGGGACAUCAGGUUAAGAGCAGAUUAGGGGUGAUGGACAUGGACUGGCAUCCGAGGGAACCGUGGUGCGUGAGUGCUGGAGCGGACGGGACGUGCCGAUUAUGGAGCUAGAGGCCACAGACUGGAUUGCAAUGUCAGGGGGUUUUGCGAGGCUAGAAAAAUGAAUAUCUUGAAGCAGUCCCCUUACAGUGCCCAGAUCUAGAUCUCUAGGCAUGGCGUUCGUGCGACUUGGGCAAUAGGACCUAUUUAUUUUUUUGGCAAUUGGGUUGGUUCGACACCACGCUAGACAUUGCGAU